AUGUCGGACGCGAGUUCGACGCGUGCGCAGGUCGACGCUCUCGCUGCGGAGAUUGCGCGGGUGAAGAAGGAGAAGGGGGCCACCAGCGAGGAGUGCAAGACCCUCGUCGCCAGAAUGGUAGAGCUGCGCAAGCAACUUUCCGUGAAGAAGAUGAUGACGGAGCGGGCGCCAGAGCUUAGCUACUUCGAUACGCGGCUGGCGAUGGUGAAGGAGCUGGGGCUCCUCGGCGCGGCGUACCCGCACAAGUUUGACCGCCAGUACACGAUCCCCGCCUUCAAGGCGCGCUUCGCACCGCAGCUCACCGAGAAUGGCCAGCGAGCGGCGGAGGUCGUGACGAUUGCCGGCCGCAUCAUGAACAAGCGGAGUUCAGGCUCGAAGCUGCACUUCCUGACGCUGCAGGGGGACGCGGACGUUGUACAGGUGAUUUCCGCCCUCAGCGACUACGCCGACGGCACGUUUGCUGAGGUCCAUGGCAGGAUCAAGCGUGGCGACAUCAUCGGCGUCAAGGGCGUGGCAUCGCUGUCGAAGUCGGGAGAGUUUUCUAUGAACGCAACGGAGAUCACGCUGCUCUCGACCUGCUUCCACAUGCUGCCGGACGACUGGUACGGGCUCAGCUCGGUGGAGCAGCGCUUUCGCCAGCGCUACCUGGACCUGAUCGUGAACCGCGAGAACACCAAUACGUUUGUCACGCGUGCGAAGAUCAUCAGCUACAUUCGAAGGUUCUUCGACGAAAUGGACUUCCUCGAGGUGGAGACGCCCGUGCUGGACAAAAUCGCCGGUGGCGCCGCUGCACGCCCGUUCAUUACCCACCACAACGACCUAAACCAGAAGAUGUACCUGCGCAUUGCACCUGAGUUGUACCUGAAGGAGCUCAUCGUGGGCGGCCUGGACCGCGUGUACGAGAUCGGCAAGCAGUUCCGCAACGAGGGCAUCGACCUCACACACAACCCCGAGUUCACCAGCGUCGAGGCGUACUGGGCCUACGUGGACUACGAGGACUGGAUGCGCGUCACGGAGAACCUCCUCUACGGCCUUGCCAUGCACCUCUACGGAAGUCCGCUCGUGAAGUACGCCCCGAAGGACUCGGAGGGCAAGCAGCUGCCGGAGGUAGUAUUCAACUUCAACAAGCCCUUUAAGCGUCUCUACAUCGUUCCUGAGCUGGAGAAGCGCAUAAAUGUAAAGCUUCCCACCGACUUUGAGAGCCCCGAAGCCAACACCUUCCUUCUGCAGCUAUGCAAGCAGCAGAAGGUGGAGUGCAACCCCCCCUUCACCACGGCACGCCUGCUGGACGCGUUGAUUGCCCACUACUUGGAGCCGGAGUGCCACGACCCGACGUUUGUCUGCGACCACCCCCGUGUGAUGUCACCUCUCGCCAAGUGGCACCGCAAGCACCCCCAGCUGACGGAGCGCUUCGAGCUCUUUGUGAACAAGAAGGAAAUCUGCAACGCGUACACCGAGCUUAAUAACCCCAUCGUGCAGCGGGAGGAGUUCAUCAAGCAGACGCAGAACAAGGAGAAGGGCGACGAGGAGGCCAUGGACAUCGACGAGGGGUACAUUCACGCCCUCGAGCACGCGCUGCCCCCCACUGGCGGCUGGGGGAUGGGCAUUGACCGCCUCGUCAUGUUCCUCACCAGCAAGGCAAACAUUAAGGAGGUGCUGCUCUUCCCUGCCAUGAAAACGGAGCCUGCCAGCGCUCUUGAAGGCCCGAAAGAGAUGCUUCCAGACACCAAGGCAGUCCAGCCCCACUGA